GGCCUCCUGACUUCUUUGUGGGCCCCCCCACAGGCCCACUGCAACAGCCCCACAUCCCUCCUGGGCUUCGCCAGAGCCUGGACGUAGAACUGCAGGUGGAGGUGAGCCCAGACGCGAGUUGCUGCUCUCGCCAGCGCUCUUCUCUCGACAGCUGCUCUGCAGCGAGGAGGUGAAGGCCAAGGCAGGCAGUGCGAUAGUGCUGGGUCUGUUUGGAGACGUGCACAGGAGGAGUGCAGGAGCUCGGUGAUCUCAAGCCCGACGCUCUUGAUCUAAGCCCGCUAGGGGCCAACUGUUGGUAAAAUGCCUCGGAAGAGGAACUUCUUGUCCCCAAGCUUUUUGCCCAAGGAUGAGGUGCCGGAAUGUGUCCUGGCAGAUCUCGCUGAGCAAAUAGAGGAGCAAGAUCGCCAGUUCCUUCGUGGCCACUUUCCACCCCUCCGGACCAGUGACCUCGACCUGCUGGCAGAAGAGGGGACCACAGUGAGUGUGCUGCCACAUGUUGGAAAGAGCUGGGCAGAGAGACACUGGGAGAUGAAGGAGAGGGAGAGAGAAGUCAGGCUCCAUCCACUGCGCAGCCAGCUGGGAACAUCACUGGCAAGGAAGCAGUUCAGAGCACCUCAUGUCCAGCAGCGCUUCCCCCUUCUGAAGACCACCACUCAGGAAAGGGAGAAAGUACAAAAAGAAAAGAUCUCCAGCAAGAAGAAAAGCGAGGAGAUCUCUUGCCGCCUUCCUCCAAUAGCGAAGGAGAGGACAGUGGUCCCUCCAGCAGAGAUGGCAGAGCCCAAUUUCCAGACUCUACGGGCAAAACAGGUCCUGGGAACCUUGGCGUCAUACAAGGUGUGCCGGGAAGGUUGGAGGAAGAAGGUGGAGCAAAACAGGCUGCUUCCUACCAGACCCAUGGAGUACCUCAGCUUUGUGAAGAAGUUGGAGCUGCAGGAGGCCAGACAAAAACACAAGAAGCCAUGAGAGAACAUCAGGAGGGCGCAGUGCAGCCAAUUCAUUCCGCGCCCACUCACACCAUGGCAAAGAACAACGAAGCCCCAGGAUUGGCAGCACCGGGGCUGAGAGGAGGCAUGUAACACAGCAGCUGCCUCCC